CACGUGGGUUGCAUUACCAAGCACACUUGUACACAGGCUUCACACAGUGUGCAGAUAUGGCUGCUAAAGUUCUGGUGAUUGGCAGUGGAGCCAGAGAACAUGCACUUGCAUGGAAGUUGGCACAGUCCAGUCAUGUUCAGGAAGUUCUGGUUGCGCCAGGAAAUGCAGGAACUGCAAGUUGUGGAAAGAUAUCUAAUAUAGCCCUCCCAGCUGAUGAUCAUUCUCAGCUAAUUCAGUAUUGCCAAGGCAACAACAUCACCCUUGUUGUGGUUGGUCCAGAAGCUCCACUUGCAGCAGGUGUUGUUGAUGAUUUGACUGCUGCUGGAAUCAGAUGUUUUGGACCUUCAGCGAAUGCGGCUCAGUUAGAGGCCAGUAAGAGUUUUGCUAAAGAUUUUAUGGACCGGCAUGGUAUUCUUACAGCCCGCUGGAAAUCCUUCACCGACUGUAAUGAAGCCUGCAACUUUAUAAGGAGUGCGGAUUUCCAAGCGUUGGUUGUGAAAGCCAGUGGUCUGGCAGCUGGGAAAGGCGUGGUUGUUGCUGCAAAUAAAGAUGAAGCCUGUGCAGCUGUGCAUGAAAUAAUACAGGAAAAGGCAUUUGGAGAUGCUGGAGCAACUGUUGUUGUUGAAGAGCUACUGGAGGGGGAGGAAGUUUCUUGCUUGUGUUUUACCGAUGGAGUCACAGUUGCAUCUAUGCCACCAGCCCAGGACCACAAGCGGCUUCUGGAUGAAGAUAAAGGUCCCAAUACAGGAGGGAUGGGAGCCUAUUGUCCAGCACCACAAAUUUCAAAAGAGUUAUUAGAGAAUAUCCGAGAAACAGUUUUGCAGAAAGCAGUUGAUGGAAUUCGUAAGGAUGGUUUCUCGUAUGUAGGUGUGUUAUAUGCUGGUCUAAUGCUCACCAAGGACGGCCCUAGAGUGCUUGAGUUUAACUGCAGAUUUGGAGAUCCUGAGUGUCAGGUGAUUCUUCCUCUGCUUCAGAGUGAUUUAUAUGAAGUGUUUCAGGCUACAAUUGAUGGCAAACUUGCAAGCUCUAUGCCAGUUUGGCUAAAGGACCAUGCUGCUGUUACUGUAGUUCUAGCCAGCGGUGGCUACCCUGGGUCCUAUGCAAAAGGCCUGGAGAUCUCAGGUCUUGAGAAGGCCCAAGAGUUUGGCCUUGAGGUUUUUCAUGCGGGCACAGCUCUGAAGGAUGGCAAAGUGGUGACCAGUGGGGGGAGAGUCCUUACAGUAACUUCUAUAAACAAGGACCUUACUUCUGCUUUAGAAGAAGCCAACAAAGGAGUGUCUGUCAUAGAGUUCCCUGGGGCUGUGUACAGGAAAGAUAUUGGGUUCCGAGCUAUUGCUUACCUGAAGCAACCCAGACCUCUAACUUACAAAGAAAGUGGUGUGGACAUUGAUGCUGGUAAUGCUCUUGUGCAGAAGAUAAAGCCUCUUGCAGCAGCUACUGCUAGACCAGGUUGUAAUGCAGAACUUGGUGGGUUUGCUGGCCUGUUCGACCUCAAAGCAGCUGGAUUUAGAGAUCCCAUCCUAGUAUCUGGAACGGAUGGUGUUGGCACCAAACUGAAGAUUGCACAAGCGUGUAACAAGCAUGAUACCAUUGGUCAGGACCUGGUAGCAAUGUGCGUCAAUGAUAUCCUUGCACAGGGAGCAGAACCCCUCUUUUUUCUGGAUUAUUUUGCCUGUGGUUCAUUGGAUGUUGAAGUUGCUGCAUCAGUAGUGUCUGGAAUAGCCAAAGCUUGUAAAAUGGCUGGGUGUGCACUACUAGGAGGGGAGACUGCAGAGAUGCCAGGCAUGUAUGCUAAUGGAGAGUAUGACCUGGCGGGCUUUGCAGUGGGUGCUGUAGAAAGAGACUGCAUACUUCCUCGUAUUGAGCAGAUCGAGGAUGGAGACCUAGUUAUUGGCAUUGCGUCAUCUGGAGUUCACAGUAACGGCUUUAGUCUUGUGAGGAAGAUUCUUGAGAGAUGUUCCCUUCAUUUUUUCUCCCCAGCACCACCUGAAUGUGGGAACCAGACAUUUGGAGAGCUCUUACUUACUCCCACCAAUAUCUACACUACUGCCCUACUACCUCUGAUCCGAGCAGGGCAGGUGAAGGCAUUUGCACACAUCACUGGAGGAGGUUUACUGGAGAACAUACCUAGAAUCCUGCCCUCUUCCCUGGAGGUUCAACUGAAUGCACUUAGUUGGGCGAUGCCACCCAUUUUCCCGUGGCUGCAGAGAGCAGGAGGCGUGUCAAUGGAUGAUAUGGCACGCACAUUUAAUUGUGGGAUUGGUGGCGUGCUAAUAGUGGAGAGAGGUUCCGCUGCACAGAUCCAGCGAGAUUUAAAGGUGGCAGGAGAAGCAGCAUGGCUUAUCGGAUCCGUGGCACCACGACAAACAGGGUCUUGCGGGGUAGUUAUCCAGAAUAUGGCAGAAUCUAUUGUUGGUUCGAAUCCUCCACUUCAGCAGAGUUUGGCAGAUGACAGUAAUCAGGAUAAAAUGAGAAUAGCCGUCCUCAUAUCUGGAACAGGUACAAAUCUUGAGGCUUUAAUAAAGAGCACAAAGUCCCAGCACAGUUCUGCUUUCAUUGCCCUCGUUAUCUCUAAUAAAACUGGCGUGGAGGGACUGAAGAAAGCACAAGCUGCUGGAAUACCUACCAAGGUUAUUGACCACAAACUGUACAAGAGUCGCGUGGAGUUUGACAAUGCAGUGGACGAAGUUCUACAGAAGUUCUCUAUUCAGUUAGUUUGUCUUGCUGGAUUCAUGAGAAUUUUAUCAGCACCGUUUGUCAAGAAAUGGGAGGGGAAGGUCCUUAAUGUACAUCCUUCUUUACUGCCAUCGUUUAAAGGAGCCAAUGCACAUAAGUUGGUGCUGGAAGCUGGAGUAAGGCUCACGGGCUGCACAGUGCACUUUGUAUCUGAGGAAGUUGAUGCUGGUGCUAUUAUUUUCCAGGAGUCUGUUCCGGUGCAUAUAGGUGACACAGAGGAUACUCUGUCAGAAAGGGUUAAACAGGCUGAGCACCGAGCCUUUCCUGCAGCUCUGCAGCUGGUGGCCAGUGGAGCAGUGAAGCUGGGCACAGAUGGCAAACUCUGCUGGGACGUUAAAUAAAACUAGUAAACAACGGAUUGUGCUAGGUCCGAGAUGAAUGGAAUUUUCAGCAGCCUUAUAUCUUCAAGAGAAAAUCAAGAUGCAUUUAUUUGUAGAUGCUAAUAAAGGAAAUCUUGUCAGCUUGCUUAUUUACUUAGCAAGCCACUGAGGCAAAAUAUUGUACUUCAUCAUUUCUAUAUUGUGACAUUUUUUUAGCUUGUGUAUGUCUGUUGAUUUAGUUACAAUCCGUUUUAUGAACGUUUGAAGCUUUCGUUGGCCAACAUGGAAGUUUGUAAAAUAUCUCUUUAGAGUUUCUUUGUAACCUGCUAUUCUAAAAUGAUGUUGUUCAUACUAUUGGUUUUUUUUUUGUAAUACACCAUUUUGCUAAUGUCUAGUACUCACCAUUUACCAACAGUUAAUGUUUUAGGAUUAUCUCUUCUACACAAGGAAACAGAAAAUGAUACUACUUUUGAAGGAGAGAUCAUCAAAAUUGAUUGCUGGUAGAUACUGAAAAUGGGUUUGUGCACCUCUAGUCUAUAAACAAGAAAUUAUCCUCUUGUUUUGACUGUCUAUUGAGUAGAAUGAGAUGUUAUGCUUCACCAUAGCCUGUAGUUCUGUGUUGAAGUUUGAAACAGAGAAACCCAUUUAGCCUAUGGAGUUGCCCAUUUACCUGCAGUAUGACACUAUAGAAUAUGCUACAGUUUCAGACUGUUUGCAUCAUCUGCUUAAGCGUUCUCUGAAUAAUAAUAAAUACCACCAAACACUGACCAGUUUAGUCAUGUUCCUGCCAUGCUUCCAAUGACUGACAAACUACUAGAACUAGAUAAGUUAUGUUAGUGAAACUACCUACUGAUCUUUGCAAUGCUAUUGUUGCACACUAUUGUGAUUUGAGUUGUCUAUAAGUAGUUGGAACACCUUGAUAUUGCUAUAGCUAACAAGUCUUGUGCGUCAACUAAGCAACAUUGUAAGAAAUUAUAUUUAGUUUUAUAUAAAUAUAUUUGUGUAACAGUAAGACUAAGCCAGGGCUCUCAUUACAUUUCUUGCUGUUAUGUGUUUUAUGAGUGCUUCUUUCUGAAUCGGUAGUGUAUUUAUAAUAUGGUUUAGAUUAAAAUUUAAUAGAAAAUGUACAUUCUGCCAUGGCUUGAUGUUGUAGGGCUGUCACUGAUCGCCGUCAUGGCAUAAUAUGGAUAUUGUGUGGUUGGCACAUUGGCAGAAAUAUAUAACAUGCCAUGCUGGGCACAACAAUGUUUUUCCAUAAGUGAAUAUGAGAAUUAACAAUUUGUGGUAUAAUUCCACAUGGGGGCAGUGACUGGAUAUUAAAACAAAAUAAAAACUGAAACGGAUUUUCUAAACUAAGCAGAAAGGAAGAAAACACUGGCCUUGUAUCUGUUUAUCAUGAAGUUCCCUAAAAGCUAGAAUGUCAGCGACUAGUGUCUGUCAAGCUUCUACAUACGUACAUGUACUUUUGUGUAAAAUUUAUCCUACACUCUCUUGGCUAGAGAGCCCUACAUUUCCAUUAAAAAAAGUUACUAAAUUUAAUUUUUUACUUUUCUUUUACACAAAAGGAAAACAAAAUAUUACUGUAAACAAUCCUCCCCCCCCCCCCCAUAAAACAAAUGCUAAAUUGUCUAAAUAAAUGUGAAUACAAUUUUAACUGAAACCGAUAGUGAGAUCACCUGUAUCCUUCCUACUAAUGCACAUUGGGUGAUCAGUACAUUUUAUGCUACAAUUUAAAUUAGCUGGCUUCAGCAUUCUUCAGGAAUAAAAUCUGUACAAAUGCAGCUCUUACAGAAAAUAGAAAACAUGAGUAUAUUCCUUUUAAUUAUACUCAGGGGACUCUGACAUGAAAAGUUACACAAAGCCAUAUAAGUAAGAACAUGUAAUAAAGAACGUACCCAUCAGAUUUAUAACCCUGUACUGCUCUCUUUAGUAUCUAAAGUGAUGUUGGCUUUAGUAAAGCCUGGGUUAUUUCCAUGGCACAUUGUUUAAUCAGUCCAGAUUGGUCCUCGUCAUUGUUGAAUUCCUGACACAUUUCUUGCACGGUUUGUGAACAUCUGUCUUUUUUUGUUUCCUUGUAUCUAUCUCAGAAAUAAUUAAAUUACAUGACACCUGCACACAAAAUAUAUCUUCUUAAAGGAAUUAGUGUGCCUGUUUGUCCUUUCAUAGACCCACCAGUGGGUUCACUUGACCACAGUCUCCUGCUGUAGGGUUCUAUAUCAGACUAAGUUCAUGGUGAUACUCAAGGACUUUUUUUGUGUGUGUGUGUGUGUUGACCUUUAAAAGACCCACCAAUGUUGACCACAGGCUCCAUCAUACUAAAAUUGGUGCAACUUUUCAGUCACUUUGUCCACAGCCUUUGGACAUGAGUCAAAUCUAUGUUCCUGACAAAUGUAUUGAAAUUCAAAGUUGUUGGUUGGAUGCUUCAGUAUUAUUCACCAUCAUUUAAAGGGACACUAAAGUCAAAAUUAAAGUUUAACGAUUUAGAUAAAUUAUGCAAUAACCAAACUUCCAAUAUACCAAUAAUAUCCAUUAUCAAAACGUGCACAAUCUUGUUAUAUGCACACUUUCUUAGGCUCGUGCGUGCGUGCAAAAGUGCACACUAUGUACGUAUAUGCUUUUUGUGAUUGGCUGAUAGUUGUCACAUGAUACGGGGAACGUGAAAAUUUGAUCAAUUUUAAAAAAAUUGCCAGAAUAUAUUCAACUUCUUAUUUCAAAUUAAAAGUAAAAGCUAUUA